AGGACAUGAAGCUCAAUUUGAGGUGGAAAUUGAUGAAAGAAAUGGGAAACUAGGCAUGGAGAAGGUGGAAGGGUGAAGAGAAGCACUCAGAGCAGUUGUAGAUCUUGGAGGUUUGGUCUUGCAAAAUCAAGCUGACGGGCAUGAGUCAAAGUUUAUCCAAAUAAUUGUUCGAAAGAUUGCUAACAAAUUGGAUCAUACGGUCUUGAGUGUCACUCCCUACCUAACAGGUAUAGAAUCUCGUGUAAAAGACAUCAAUUCGUGGUUACAAGAAGGAUCAAACAAUGUUGGCAUAAUGGUGAUAUGUGGAAUGGGUGGAAUCGGGAAGACAACCAUUGCAAAAACUAUUAUAAUCAAAACUUCGAUAGAUUUGAAGGUAGUAGUUUUCUUGCAAAUGUUAGAGAAACUUCAAAACAAUCCAAUGGACUGGUUCGUUUACAAAGACAACUUCUUUCAAAUAUUUUUAAGCGGAAAAUAGAAAAAAUACACAAUGUUGACGAGGGAAUCAUUAAGAUUAAAGAUGCUAUAAGCUGUAAAAAUGUUCUUGUUGUUUUAGAUGAUGUGGAUGAGUUGGACCAAGUAAAUGCAAUAUUUGGAAUGCGACACUGGUUUCAUUCUGCAAGUAAAAUUAUCAUUACAACUAGGCAUGACCGAUUGCUAAAGGUUGAUGAAGUUUGUGAGGUUUCCAUGGUUAAGGAGUUUAAUGAUGUUGAAGCGCUUCGUCUCUUCAGUUGGCAUGCUUUUGGACAAGACCAUCCUAUUGAAGCAUACAUCAAGCAGGCCAAGAGGAUGACAUACCACUGUGGGGGGCUUCCUUUACCUCUUGAAGUCUUAGGUGCUUCUCUAUUUGGAAAGAGUUUUGAUGCAUGGGAAAUUGCAUUAGCAAAAUUUGGAUCAUUUUUUGAUGAGAAAAUCCAAAAUGUACUUCAAAUAAGCUAUGAUUCUUUAGACGAUCACGACAAAAACUUGUUCCUUGAUAUUGCUUGUUUUUUUGUUGAAAAAGAAAAAGAUUUUGCAGUUAAAAUACUGGAUGAAUGUGAUUACUACACAACUGUUGGGAAAUAUCUCAUUCGUAGAGCCUUGUAACAAUUGGAGUAGACAACAAGCUAAUGAUGCAUCAAUUGCUUAGAGACAUGGGGAGGGAGAUUAUUCGCAAGAAUCUCUGAAGGAGCCUGGAAAACGCAGCAGAGUAUGGCGCCAUAAGGAUGCUACAAUGUAUUGAAAGAAAAAACUGGAACAGAAACAAUUGAAGGUUUCAUCCUGGACUUGUGUGUGCUACAGGAAGAUAUGCAAGGCAAGAGUGUAAAUAAUACACAACACCACCAUUUUGACAAUUUUGUGGACAACAAUUUAUCAAAGCGCCGGCGUCUUGGUUAUUCUCUUGGCUUCCCACAUAUUCUGUCUCAACAGAAUCAAUAAAAGAAGUCGUUUGAACACUGAUGCAUUUUUUUCGAUGUGCAAAUUACGAUACUCCAGCUUUAUAGUGUACAACUCAUUGGUGGCUAUGAAA